AUGCUGACGCGGUUUCCAGAUGAUUACGGCGAUGCUGCAAAGUACACCCGGUCGGGCAACUCGGAGCAGUACUUCAACCGUGGCUGGUGCUUCUGCGAGUCCUCCUGGGCGAUGCUGACGAAGCCGUAUGGGAUGCUCUUCGACCUCGGCCGAUCCACCGGAAGGGAGAGAGACUACAGUGAUUUGGUGUCCACCUGCACCGCGGGGCGCCGGGCGCCCCUCCUGCCCGACGCCUUCGACGUGCAGCUGCAGAGCAAGGGGUUUACCAACGGCAAGGACGACCGACCCCGGGUCGCCAAGCUCUACCGCUCCGCCUUCGCGCAGCGCUUCGAGGCCGCGGAGGACCUGGUUUAG